CAGAGUAACGUGACGUGCCAAUUACAGGGGCGCCAUCCUGUCGUCACUGGACGCCUGUAUACAGCAAACCCACCCAUGGAGAUGGAAGAAAUUACGACACAUUUAACAAGAAUAAUUAUGACGUAAAGUGAUCUAAAUUACACUUUUAAUUUAAAAUAUACGCACAAGUAAGAUUGAUUAUUCUGAUCUGUUUUAAUUAAUUUUGUGUAUUUUAAGCCGGUGAAGAGAAGGUUAUAUAAACUCUUGUAAGAAAUCCGCGACAGUAUCACGUGAACGCGUCUGACGUAACAAAGGGUCACAGUGGCAAGCUGUUAUGAAUAUAGUGACAGAAUACACAGAAAUUUUAAGUAAAAAUAACAAAACUAUCCAACCCAUCUCUUAAAGAAGAAUCUUAGGAAUACAAGGAAAUAUUGUGACGUUGGGUGUGAAAGUGAAAAGAGAUUCAGGAAUGAAACCGAGAGUUUUAUUUAUUUUUACAAACAAAGAAAGUGCUCAAUACUGACAUUGUGAGUCGCGUAAACCCUUUCACUGUCUCAUUAUCAUUAUAACAAAAACUCUUAAAAUAAUUAGCGUAAAAAGAGUGUUUUAAAAUUAUCCUGAAAUGUGAUUUUAAAUCAAGAUAAAGAUCCCAUGAAUACGAGAGAAAAUAUUAUAAUUUAAUAUCGAAUAAUAAAAACAAGUGAAAGAAAAUAUCGUUUGCACAUGGAAUCGAAUCAGAAUCUGUGUAGAAUGCAACCAAGCGUCUGGUUCCUUACGGGGACCCUUCUAUUUUCCAGCGUCGCGACGGCGAUGCUGUGUGGCGCUAUUAUGACAGACCAUUGGGAGCAUGUAAUGUGGGACCGCGGCAAGCUGGACGAUAUAGCAGUUAGACAGAAGAACGCUACUAAGGUGAAAUGGAUGCUCGAGUGGUUACUGGAUGGACAGGUUGGCAGGAUUGUUUACACGAACGAGGAUGGUCUAAGGAAACAUCCUAAGACGAAGGAGGGCACGGACGGCGGCGUGACAACGGGCAGCGAGCAGGAGCAAGACGAGGUGGCCGUGUUCCUUAUCCCGAUGCACGGGGGAAUAUGGACGCUGUGCGUGUCGCUCUCUGAGGAACAGAGGCAGCUGCUCCAGAGAGCCGGGUUCACUAAGAUCCAGUGCGUCAGUUACCUGGACCCCGAGAUGGUCAAGGGCGAUGAAGGAAGAGCGGACUGGCAACACCGGAUGCAGAACCUGUCUAUCUCUUGUGCGCUGGUGUGCCUCAUAAUUCUGGGGUCCUCGGCGCUGGUCGGAGCUUUCGGGGUGCUGAAACACCAGAUCAGUGCCGUUCUCGUCACAGGCGUCAUGUACUUGCUGGCAGCAACUUUUGCCAUCUUCACCCUGACCAUCAUUCAUUUCAAAAGACAACAGACGAAGCAGAAACCAGAGAAGACGGCAGCAGACUGUUUGCUCACUGGCGGUGGUCUGUCCACGCUGAUAGACGGAGUGUCGCCUUCUAGUUCAGCGGUGCUGGCCCACGUGCAAGUGGACGCCGACAUUUUCACGGCUCGAGUGUUCACAACGUCCUGGAGCUUGGACCUGGGCUGGGGAGGCGUCACCCUCUGCGUCCUAGCCAGCGUCCUCUGGAUCCUACUUUCCAAGAUCAUGAGAUACAAUCCUCUGUCCACACUGUUUACAUAGUAAUUAACGUGACCCAGGGCUUGGAUCUAAAUCAAGCUCUGGGUAUUUAUUUCGUGAUUCUUCAAAGCCCUCAAAAUAUAUCGUGAGCAUCAAUAUUCUGUCCAUGAAAUUCAUGAAGUGAAUCCUUAAUUUCUAUACUAACGAUUGAAAGCGAUCAAAAUGUGACACAGAAAGUCCUCUUUCUGGUAUAUAACACCCUUCAGUCCGCUGAAAGUCAAACGACCGCUUGUUACCUGCUUUAUACUUGGUUCCUUGCCUGGCUCAUCCUUCGACAUUGAAGAUCGAGGCUACAUGUUCCUCCGAAACUUCGGUUGAUUUUCAGCAGUCUACAUCUUCUCUGUGGU